AUGACCACGGUGAAUGGCUACGGGGCCAUCAACGGGGACUCAACUGCUGCGAGUCAGCCACACCAAGGUUCUGAAGAUGAGAGUGGCCCUCUACUUGUUAAGAGGGACUCCCCUCGGUCUCUGGCUCGCUUUCGGGAAUAUUUGAAAGAUGAUAUCGACAGGCGCUGGGCUGAUCUGCUGCUUCUGCUGUCGUAUGUCAUCACCGGGCUCCUCGACAGCUCAGCAGUGUUCAUCUGGGGUUCCUUUGUGAGCAUGCAAACUGGCAACACCGUCUACCUUGGACUGGGCUUGGUUGAGCCGACCAAAGGAACGCGAUGGAUUAGGUCACUUACGUCGAUCGCCUUUUUUUGCUUUGGUUCCUUCUGCUUCAGUCGCUUCCACCGCUACUUCUCGCCCAAGCGACGCUGGGUUCUGCUUGCCUCAUUCGCCAUCCAGAUGCUGUUGGUCGUGGUAGCUGCUGUCGUUGUGAUGGUCGAUAGCAGGCAAGGAAACGACCUUCGGUGGGAAGUGAUCGUGCCCAUUUCAUUGGUAGCAUUCCAGAGCAGCGGACAAGCUGUGACCAGCCGGGCUCUACAAUACAAUAGCCUCACCAGUGUCGUUCUUACGAGCAUUUACUGCGACCUGUUUUCGGAUCCCCUGAUCAUGGCGGGGUUUUUUCAGAAUGCAGAGAGGAACCGGAGGGCAGCGGCGCCCCUGUUGCUGCUGUUCGGCGCCAUCCUCGGGGGACUAUGGUCACAUAGCUCAGUCGGACUCGCUGGUGCGUUGUGGACGGCUGCAGCAUUGAAAAUCACCAUCAUUGUUGCCUUCUUUUUGUGGAGGGCUCAGCCACCAACCCGCGAGCGCUGA